GAGAAAGUCAAGAACCACAUAAACAAAAUCACACCUUAUCCUAUUGGGAGUGAAAGAGAAUCAAUGUAAUUAGUAAUCAUGGCGAAACAAACGAGAUGACCAUUUCUUCUCUUGUUGUUGUUCUUCCUUCUCCUUCUCCUCCUCCUCCCACAAAUUACAAAUUUUGGUCCUUCCUCAACAUUAGUAAUAAUAAUGGAAAGUCUAUUUCCAUUCAUCAACCCCAUAGAUUCUCCUUACGAGUUAUGAAUGAGUCGAAUAGAACAGAGGUAGCUACUGAAGAUGCAACAGCAGAUAAGCUGGUAGAUGGAAUGGAUUUUGGGGAACUAUGCAAUGAAUUUGAAUGCAUUAGCAGCCCUUCUGUUGAAGCUACUGCUAGGCAGCUUGUUCGAGAUAUUCUCCAGCUUCGCCAAGGCAAUCGUGCCCUCGGUACCUUUGCUCUAUCUGUCAAGUACAAGGAUCCAGUGAGAAGUUUUACAGGACGAGAUAAGUACAAGAGACCAUUGUGGAUAACUGAUGCACUACAGAAUCCUAAACCGAGUGUGCAAGAAAUGGUGAUGUUGUCAACAAGUGUGUUAAAUAUUAAGUGGACAAUAAAAGGAAAACCAAAGUCUUUGGUUGGUAGCAUAGGAGGGGAUUUAAUCAUCAAAGUGAAUUCAAGAUUCACUUUGAACCAAAUAAGUGGACAAGUAGUUGAGCAUGAAGAGCAAUGGGAUUUAUCAGGAUCAUCCAUCAUUGCUCAAGCUUAUUUCUGGGCAUCGCGACGACUCUUUGCUACUGUUGAAGCUGGAAAAGAUGUUGCUGAUAUUCUCAAAGACUUGACUUCUAAAUCUUCUAAAGAGAAUAAAAACAUGGAUGUCUAUCCUGACCCUUAUGGUGAUCCAGCAAAGUUCUUUCAAAGGGAUGACAGCUUCCAGAGAGAUUUUUACCAAAUUGCAUUGCUGCUGGCAGUUAUAUAUUUUGUGGUACAGUUCUUGAGGACAACUUUAUGAGACCUGUAAGUUGAUAUAAGCUUUGUAUAAUUGUAAUUAUUAAUUCAUGUUUAUUUAUUGAUACAUAUACAUACUUGAGGAAUAUAUAUCAUAUCACAUUGUAUUUCCUUCCCUUAAUACCAAGAAAGUACUUAAGUUCA